CGGAGCCUAACACAUCGCGAUGUCGCCGUCGCCCUCGCCCUCGCCCACUCUCGUGGGCAUCCUGGCUGCCGCAGUAGCCGCCGCCGCCGCCCCGUCUGCCGGACAUGUCAACGUCCAGGGGCGCCGACUCGCCGUCCUAGUGCCACCGCUGCGCAACCUGACUGCAGAGACGAACGGCAACUGCGGCCGCUCUGCUUGCAGCAACGAGCGAGAACUGCGCCGCUGCCCGCAGACGUGCGGCGUGGCGCUCGAUAUCAUCGACGAACUGUCCAGUCGCGGCCGGCUGCCUCGCCAGGGCACUCGCCCGGCGCGGCACGAGCUGAUAGCAAACCUGCAGAGCAAGGUAGAGGAGCUGACCAUCGCCUCUGGUGGCUCGAGGGCGGACGUGCCAUUGGCCGUGCACGACGCACUUGUCGACGUCGCGGUGUCCCUCAACGAUCAGCGCGCGGCGCACGGCGACCCUCGCCGGCCCGGCUUCGACCAACUCCGAGCCUUCAUCUACGCUGCCAGCUCUCCCAGCAUUGGCACUGCCAAAAGAAGCGGCUCGGACACGACCGCCCGCCGCACGCUGUUUGCUUCCGUCGUCGGUCCGUCCGACGCACCACCCUCGCCGCCCCUGCCGCUCGAGGCCCGCUGUGCCUCCGUCGGCUGCGUGGCAUCGUCGAUCAACUCGGCCUUUUCAGCAGUGGAGCAGGCGCUCAUUGACUCCAACAUCACGCUGCCCGCCGUCGCCGAGCGAGCCGCGCUGCUCCUCGAUACCCACGUCGGUGAAGUGUGCGCCGAGGCACCAAACCCGACGCUGGCCCUCCGCACGGCGUGCGCCACCGCGCAGGCUGCGAUCCGAGCGUGGGUUGACGACAAGUUCCACGAAGAGGUCUACGUCGCACCACCGGGGAGGCGGGGCUUGCGAGACGCACGCCUCCCGCCCGCAUCCACGCCGAGCCGCACCCAUCUCCGGCGGCUCGAGAGCGCGCCUUGCCCCGACGAUUGCGUGGAGAGGGCCCGGGUGCUGCUGCCGGACAACCUUAUCGGCCUUCUGCUAUCCCGCGUGGUCGCCUCGGCGGUUCUCGGCGGGUACAUUGGCUACCCGCUCACCGUGAUCCUCUCCUACUUGCUCAGCCUGGACGCGUUCUUGGACCAGCCGUACGCGGAUGGCUGGACGCCUUGGGCAUCCGGAAGGCGCCGCCAUUUGGAUGUGGGCGGCGCCAUCCCAACGGUGCGCGAGUUGAUGGCGCGCUACCCAGUGGCGUCGCGCAAGUUUCUCGAGCUCCACGAGGUGGUUGACCGAUUCGGCUACAGCAGCGAGCAAGGCCGCACGUACUACGAUCAGUACAUCUACCUGGACGGCGAGAAGACGAUCCCCUUCUUCGACGUCGGCUGGGCCAACAAGUUCAUCGCGAUGGUGGAGGGCACGUGGGAUCGGCUCGGGCGCCACACCUACCGGAAGGUGCCGUCGCUCGGCCGGCACAGUGGCCCCGACUACGAGUUCAGCGUCUCGCCGCUCGAGGACAGGCCGCUGCGCAUCGGCGUCCUCAGCGACUGGCCGACUGGCGCUCCGCAGUCGCUGCACGCGCCCGACAUCGUGAUCCACUUGGGCGACACGUACUACUCUGGCACAAGGGCGGAGCAGGAGGCGUUUCUGCACGACCCGAUCAAGGCGGUCCUCGGCGAAGCCAUCCCGGUGUACCUUGUGCCCGGCAAUCACGACUACUACGGCGGCGGCGGGGAGGGCUUCUACCACGUGCUCGACGAGUUUGGCGUGCAGCCGGCCUCCUACUUCACGCUGCGCGGCGCCGGCGCGCAGAUCGUCGCGGUGGACACGGGGCUGCUCAACAACCAGGACUACUCGCCGACGAUGAUGCCCUUCCUGCCCGACGACCAGAUCGACUGGGCGCUGCACCAGAUCGAGGUAGGCAGGCAGGCCGGGCUCAAGACCAUCUUCAUGAGCCACCACCAGUUCUUCUCGCGCGCCGAGAGCGUCGGCGUCGCCAACAACGCCUUUGGCGAGGCGCUCACGGGGCCCGACCGGAUCCCGGGCCCGCUCAACGUGUACCAGACGAGCGAGUACAGCAUCGGCUCCACGGAGCUCGCCGGAGGGCUGAGCAACGACCUGCCGCCAGCGGCAAACACGCGGCUGCUGAACCAGUUCCCUCCCGACGUCCGCGAGUACGUCUCCGCCUUUUACUGGGGCCACGAGCACUCGACGUCCAUCUUUGACCGAUAUGUCAACAUCACGCGCGGGCGGUGCAUUGGCAACAGCGGCAUCGCCUUCACCACGGACGUCGACCAGUACGCCGUGAACGGCGAGACCGUGUCGGCCCCGUUUGGCGGCCCGCCGCCGCUCCUGCCAAAGGAGAAGGGCGGGUGCGCGCGCGACGGCUGCCGCACCGGCCAAGGCAACACCUUUUGGAACCUCGGCUUCGUGACGUUGGACAUCGACGCCGGCGCUCAGCCCAAGAUCCUUGCCAAGCACUGGGAGGUGCAGCAGGACCAGUCGUACGACUUGGACGCCCUCGGCUCCGUCUACCUGAACGCCAAAGUCUACUUUGAGGAGGAGUACUGAGAGGCGCGCGGCGCGCGAGGGAGGGUAAACGCCGGACGCGGUUGCAGAAACGGCCCGGCUUCGAAGAAGGCCACUGUCUCCGUAUGUGUGUGGUGUGUGUGUAUGCGUAACGACGCUGCUAGAGAUGCCUAUCGGGGCCCAGAGAUGUACUUCUGAUGCCAGGCGUGACCUAGUUAGUGUCUCCAGCUAUGGGCGUGUCCACGUUGGAGCCAGGUGUGGUGUGGACGCUAGAAAGUAGAAUUGCUCCGCCAUUGGCAUGGAGGCCGACCAA